AUGCAUCUACAACGUAUUGUUAAGAAGGAAACUCAUUAUCAUUAUCUUAGUCAUAAGAUUCAAAAUGAGCUGAUAUCCAUGGUUGCUGAUAAAAUUAAGAGUUCGAUUGUCAAGAAGAUUCACAGAGCUAAGUAUUAUUCUAUUAUUCUUUAUUGUACUCCAGAUAUAACUCAUCAGGACCAAAUGUCUAUUGUGGUAAGAUGUGUUGACGUUUCCCAGAUUCCAGCAAAAGUUGAAGAAUUUUUUCUUGGAUUUUUAAAAUUGGAUGAUUCAAUAGGUGAGGGUCUUUUCUCCGAACUUGAAGAUGCAUUGGAAAAACUCAAUCUUAACAUUGAUGAUAUAAGAGGGCAAGACUAUGAUAAUGGUUCAAACAUGAAAGGAAAAGAAAAAGGUGUCCAAAACAGGUUACUCGAGAUUAAUCCUAGGGGUUUUUACACACCAUGUGGUUGUCAUAGUUUUAAUCGCAUGCUUUACGAUAUGGUUAAAUCUUAUGAGAAGGCAGAUUCUUUUUUUGGGACCAUACAAUGUAUCUAUAAACUGUUUGCUGCUUCUACAAAGCGAUGGCAGGAUUUUAAGAAGAAGGUGGGACCUAAAGGUCUAACUCUCAAACCAUUAUCUGACACUAGGUGGGAAUGUCGUGUGGAAAGUGUUAAAGCAAUAAAAUUCCAAGCACCGAAAAUACGAAAAGCUUUGAAUCAGUUGAUAAAGACAUCCAAAAAUAAUGAAGAAAAGUCUAUUGCUCAAGGUAUACUCAAGAAUCACAUGAAGAAUUUUGAAUUUUUUCUUGGCAUGGUUAUUUGGUAUGAUCUUUUAUCGGUCGUCAACUCUGUUAGCAAAGCACUACAAGGAAAAGAUAUGCAUAUGGGAGAUGCUAUCAAACAUAUAGAAAUGCUUGUUUCGUAUUUCAAAAAUUACAGAGACAACGGCUUCCAAGAUGCACUAGUUGAAGCUAAAAGAAUUGCUGUUGACAUGGAAAUUAGUCCUAAAUUUCAGGAACCACGUGUUAGAAAGCGGAAGAAGCAUUUCGAUGAGGAUUCUAACAAGGAGACAAUUCAAUCGUCAGGUGAGGAAUCUUUUAGAAAAAAAUAUUUUCUAUACAUAGUGGAUUGCGCUCUGCGUUCAUUUAAAAAUAGAUUUCAGCAAUUUAAGGAGUUCGAGAACAUAUAUGGUUUCUUAUUCGAUUUGGAGAAAUUAAAAUCCAUGAGUGAUGAUAGUUUGUUGGCAUCAUGUACUAAACUUGAAGAUUUUCUAAGUUGUGGUACACUUUCUGACAUUGACGGGAGAGACCUCUACACUGAGUUAAAGAUCAUGAAAAGGACGCUGCCGGACGAUGUAAAGAAACCAAUUGAGGUAUUACAUUAUUUGCAAAACUUGGAAGCUUGUUAUCCCAAUGCUUGGGUUUCUUAUAGAAUUUUGCUUACCGUCCCUGUUACCGUGGCUAGCGCAGAAAGAAGUUUCUCCAAACUGAAACUAAUUAAAUCUUAUCUUCGGUCCUCAAUGUUGCAAGAAAGAUUGAAUGGGUUGGCUAUGAUAGCUAUUGAAAUAGCCAUAGCUGAAAAAAUGGAUUAUAAGUCUAUCAUUAGAGUGUUUGCGUCUAAGAAAACGCGAAGAGUGAAAGCAUUUCAACGAGCUUUGUAA